AUACAUCUAAAUUUCCUUUUCCGAAAUCUUGUAAAAUCUUUUCGAAUCAUUUAUCUCAUUUGGAUCCGAGCAUGGAAUCUCCCGAAGUGCACAUCGACGUUAGCGGAAACAUGGACACUCCAACGCAAGACACCAAAUCGGGAUUCAGCAUCUCAUCGAUUUCUAAUUUUUCCACACGUAUUCCGAACUUAUGGGAGCUGCUACGAAUGAGUCGACAAAACAUUCGACCAUGGUCAGAAUUUUUACAAACAUCCAACUUCAAAACGGUGGCCAAUGUUUCUCGUUUGACGAAUCGAAUCAUUCGAAAUCUGGCGUACUUCCAAAGCAACUAUUUAUUUGUCUUUCUCGGAUUGAUCGUGUACUGCUUGUUAACAUCCCCUCUCAUACUCAUAGUUCUGGCAGCCGUGCUUUAUGCUUGUUAUAAAAUCAAGCAAAACAGCACUCCCGUGGCGUUUUUCAGUAAGCAGCUGAAUACAAACCAGCAAUGUAUUGCUGUCGGUGUUGCUUCCGUCCCUGUGCUCUACCUAGCAGGGGCUGGAGCUGUCAUGUUCUGGGUGCUGGGUGCCUCAUUUUUUGUGAUAUCACUCCACGCUGCCUUCUACAAUAUCGACGCAAUAGUAACGGAAGAUAUGGAAUCGUUCCUUACAGAAACUGUAUGAAAGAACUAAAAAGCGAAAUUUUAAAAAUGACUGUGAAAUCACCAAGCUUUUUAUCCAUAUAGCGGAUAGUUAUGUGAGGUAUCGAUUUGAAAAAUCAAAUACCCUUUCUUAUCUGCGCUUGCGUAAAGCAGCAGUAAUCAAAGAAUUAAGAUAGAUCAAUCAAACUAACGACGAGCAAGCCUGUUAAUCUAUGUUCACUCUAACUUUUGUAUAACGCAUGUUUUAAAUACAACAGCAACGUCAGCCACUCUAUAUAUUGAAUAAUAAAUUUCUAUUAACAACCACAGUUCUUUUGCUCAUAUCUCUCAUUACUAAUCCUGUAUCAUAACUGUACUGUACUGUAUAAUCCAGUGUCCCAUAACUAUUUAGGCA